ACGUAGAGUGUAAGCGAAGUAAGCAAAUCCUACGCCUACAUAGAAAAGUUAUUUCUGGUAGACCCUCCGCUCGAGGAAAAAAUAAGCGAAAAUUAAAAAUGUCAGAGCAAAAUACUAUAGGAAGCAUGACAAAGCAUUUUCGAGAAAGGAGCAGUAACUACAAAAACAAAAAUUGUACAGUCACCAUGCGAUGCACAUGUUUCCUUCAAACUCUCUACUCUUUCUUAGCUCCUUAUAGAUCAGAACUACAAAUUUAUGUGACUCUUCUGCAUGUAGAGAGAGAGGGGAAAGCAGUUUGAGAACCAUUUUGAGAUGACAAGCAGCACUCAAGCUGUGAAACAUUAAUCUAAAUUUACUAAAGACAGCCAAGUGAGGCCAUUCUUGUUAGGUUACUCACAACUCUUUACACAUCUCCUGGAGGACAUAAGAUAAAGCAAAAGCAUGAAAAGGAACCUGCACAGUCAAAACACUGGAAGAUCAUAUGGAGUUGUGCUGCUGCUCGCAUUUGGUGCUGCCGUAUUUGGAAUUAUGACUCUCCACAAGCUCAGGGACAGGCGCGUCUGCAACCUCUUUGUAAAGGAGAAAGAACGUGAACUCGAUGGCCUUAAACACCUCUUGCAGAAAGAAAGAGAACAGGCAAAAGAAACCAGAAGGCAAAUGGAGGACAUGAAAUCCAAUAUACACUGGCUUGGUACGCAGAAAACGGAUCUUGACAUUAAGAUAUCAGAGAUGAAGUCAACAAUCUCUUCCCUAAAAGAAGAACAAAGAACAAUUGGAGUUACUCUUGAGGAAAAACAGAGUGAGAUUAAGAUGCUUAGGGAAAAACAGAUGGAAACAAAGUCCGAUGAUUCCCAGGUUUCACUACUUUCUGAAACUUUAAGACAGAAAGACGCUGAAAUUGAGGGUUUAAAACACCGUCUUGAAUUUUCACCAACAAAGGUCUUGUCAGUAAGUGCAGAUCACCCGUCAAAUACAGCAACAAAUUUCACCACCGAGGCUGCUGGAAGAAGAGGAAACAGUCGAAGAAGAAGCGGAGAAUUGCAUGAAUCCAUCAACUUAGAAGGCCAGGAAAAUUCAGUAAAAGAGACCGACAACAAGGCCAAUGAUUACAAAAAGAAGGAACCCGCUGGAGAAGGUGAAAACACGGGAAAAACUGGGGAGAGAUUUGACAACGUGAAACGGAAAGCUGGAUACGGGCAGUCUAAGCAGCUGGCAACUUCUCAAAAAGAUGUUCCAAGCAGCAUCACCGCCAUUUUUCAAACUAAUAAAGGCCAAAUACAAAACACUGACAAUCAUAAGAAUAAGGAAGAAUCUUACCUAGAUGAGAAAACGUACACCAGUGAGACAUCUAAGGAAAAUGAGCAUGAUAGAAAUCAAGUGCAAAAGCAAAACACUGAAGUUGGAACAAAUGACAAAGGAGUGACUAAGAUAGAAAUGCAAAAGAAUUCAAACAGCAGAGGAACAUCAAGAGUGAGCAAGGACCGCAUGAGAACCACAAGAGGGAAGAGACGGCAAAUAAUUGCUAAGCACCAAGUAGAUGAAAGUGGCAUGCAUCUGGAAAGUCGUGGAAUUGCUAGCAUGAGAAACAGAAAAUUCUUGAAAGUCAGAACGGGAACUGAAAGGGUCGCGAGGGUUGGAGGCACUAUACUGGAAAUAAGGGACCAUCAGAAAGACAACGACAUGGACAUGGACAUGGACAUGAGGAAGAAAUCUGACGAGGAGGAUUACGGGAUAGAAAUGAAAAAAAAAAUUCAACAAGGUGAAGAUUCAGCAUUACAAAACAAUAACCAGAUAAGGUCAGAACAAGGAGCAAAUCCAGAUACAGGGAGAUAUAGAAUGCAAGAUGUUGGCACAAAUCAUGAUGAUAGUCCACCUGGUAAGACACGGCCAAACCCUAACAAUUUUGCAGAUGCAGAGGAAGGGAACCAAGAUGUCAUGAAACAUGACAUGACUCAGAAGAUUGAGAAAGAGCAGGAAAGAGAAGUCAGCAACAAAGAGACUGAGCUGCUCCACAGUUCUCAAGAAGAAGGGUUCACAAAUACAGCUCUUUCAAAGAAGAGUAGCAUCACAGAAGAGGCCAGAAAUCAAAAGGCAGAUGAAGUAUUACAAUUAGAGGAAAUAAUCAGCACCAUCAGAGAAGAUACAGAACCAAGGCAAGCUCAAAAUCUUUCAAAUUCUUCUGAACAUGUGACAAUUGCUGAAAGGGAUGUCAAAGAAGAUGACAACCAAGAGGUUGACUAUUAUCAGGAACCAAAAGAAGCGGAAGAUCAUUCUGGAGGAUCACAAGAUUCCAGAAAUCAAAAACCAGAUAACACUGCACGAACGGAAGGAGAAACCGACAGAGUCAGAGAAUAUAGAGACCAAAAGCAUGCGCUCAAUCUUCAUUAUCUUUCCAACCAUGUAAGAACUGCAGAAAGGGAUUUAAGAGACGAUUAACUUGAAGUUGAGAAUGAUAAGAACACAGAAGAAGAGGUAAGCAAUACGACAGGCUCUGCUGCCAGCUUGGGAGAGGAGGGAGAAGAUAGGGACCUCAACGAUGAGGUCUGAACUUUAGUCUAACAGCAGUGCGAGAAAGUGUUAUCAUUAUGCUCCAUUUAGAUCAGUGUAAGUAUUCAUAACUAAGCUAGCUUAGGGAAAUACUUCUAUUUCUAUCCCUAGCUGUUAAGUUUACGCAUUUAUUGCUUCCAUUCACUAAUUACUUUAUGUCUUCUCUAAACAAUUCAAUGUCCCCAGCCCACACACUUACCCCUCUGAUCAAAACCACAUACACACGGAAAAGAAGUCAUGCCCUAAAAUAGAUAUUGGAAAGGAAAAUAAAAAAAAGCAUAACCAGGUACUAUAAAAAUAGAGCAAAUGAAGAAGGAAGCCUCCUCAAGUUCACUGGGUAAAGGCAAAAUCGAGGCAUUUAACUUUUAGCCCCAUGUUCUGGAAGACAAGUAAAUGGUAAGAAUACAGAUGGAAACUAAAACACCCUUACGAAUGUCUCAUAACUGUCAUUAGAUAUUACAGAUUGCAUGACAUUCAAACUACGGGGUCUGAAAUGCAUGUGUAAUUUAGACACUGCAUUAGCAAGACGAAGAUAUCCAAGAGAAGUCAAUGGGCAGAACCAUUUCGUAUAUUGUUAUAAUAUUAGGAGAACUGCAAAUGUACCUGUGAACCAAGUUUUGUCUACGAGUAACUAGCUCAACAACUACUUUCAUUUAUAACAACAGGAUGAAGCCAAUACAAAGAAAAGAAAGGAA